GAGUGGUCAACUCGGGGAGUGAACAGAUCCAUGCGGUGGUGCGGUGGCUGGAGUAACGACGCGACUGGGUUAAGGGUGAGGUGGGGUGAUGUCGGUUUGUCAGAUUAAGGUUUCCCGGGAGGUGGAGGCUCCUACAGAUCCAUCGCCGCCGGUCUAGUUUCCGGGAGGCGGAGGCUUCGUUAGAUCCGCUUUCGCCGGCUUCAGUUUCCGGGGGGUGAAGGCGGUCUUUGCCUUGCGCCGCCGGCUUUUAGUCCCCUAGGUUUGUUAGGGUUUGUUUUUAUCCUUGGUUUUUUGUGGUUUCGGUUUGGUCUAGUUGGAGGGGUUCGCGUCGGAAGACGAUCGAAGCUCUCCGAUGUUGAAGGUGUGGUUCUGCCGGCGAAGCUUUCUUACCAGUUCCGGUGUCGAAAGGAGGCGGGUGAGAUCUCGGGUUACCGAUUGAUCUCUCCACUAUUGGGAACUCGAGGUUGGAAGUGGUUGCGGCGAUGAGGCUUGGAUGCCAGUGAGUGACGGUUCUUCCGGUGGAUCGUUGGGUUGAUCACCGGGGAUGGCUGAAAGCGGGGGCACGCCGUGAGCGAACGGAGACACCGUUUUUAGUUUUCUCUAGGGUUUCGGUUGGUGGGCCUUGGGCCUUUUGUGUAAUUCUGGGCUUGGCCCCUUUUAGUAAUAAAAUCAUCUAUUGAGGGAAAAAAAAAAAAAAAAAAAAAAAAAGAACCGAGUUGAACUCAAACAUUUUAACGAGGGUGGAGGGCCUAACGUUCUUAUUCGAACCAAACCAAAAACCGAAAAUAAACAACAAACACAAUGUGUUUGGAUAUGUGAUUGUUUAUUUACUUAUUUUAUUUUUCUAAUUUGUUUUAGGAAAAACGAAAAAAGAAAAGGAAAUAAGAUUAAAAGAAAAAGGAAACAAGAGAGAAAAAAAAAGGAAAGAGUAGUUCUAUAUAUAUAAAAAACUAGUUGGCUCGGUUUCUGCUGAAAAGAGAACAACAGCAAAAGAAAGACAAGAACACGAUGGUUUCCGUCUGCGAAAAAGAUUCGAACCUUCCAAGGCCGACACGGGUGAAGAACAAGUCCCCAGCGGCGGUGCAAAUCACCGCCGAGCAGCUCCUCCGAGAGGCUCGAGAGAGGCAAGAGCCUGAGGUCCUUCCCUCUGAGCAUAGCAUCACUGACUCGACUGAACUUUCCGACUACAGUCUCCGCCGCCGUAAGGAGUUUGAGGACCGGGUCAGCCGGGGAGGACGAUCCGAUGUCCAAGUCUGGGUAAACUACGCGCGUUGGGAAGAGUCACAGAAGGAUUACGCGCGUGCUAGGAGCGUGUGGGAACGAGCCUUGAAAGACCAUCACCGGAACCACGCGCUCUGGGUCAAGUACGCAGAGUCGGAGAUGAAGAACAAGUUCGUCAACUCUGCCAGAAACGUUUGGGAUCGAGCCGUUUAUCUUCUCCCUCGCGUGGACCAGCUCUGGUACAAGUACUCACACAUGGAGGAGAUGCUCGGGAACAUCGCCGGAGCCAGACAGAUAUUCGAGCGGUGGAUGAACUGGUCACCGGAUCAACAAGGCUGGCUCUCGUUUGCUAAUUUCGAGCUGCGGUAUAACGAAACAGAGCGUGCGAGAUCCAUCUACGAGAGGCUCUUUCGUUGCCAUCCCAAAGCUUCUUCCUUUAUCAGAUAUGCAGAGUUUGAGGUCAAGUGCGGUGAAGUUUCCCGUGCGAGGGAUGUCUACGAACGAGCCACUGAGAAGCUUGAAGGAGACUAUGAAGAAGCAGAGAUGCUCUAUCUUGCCUUUGCUGAAUUCGAACAAGGAUGCAAUGAGUUCCAACGUGCUAGGGUUAUCUACAAGUUCGCUCUUGAUCAUAUCCCUAAAGGAAAAGCAGAGGAACUCUACACAAGGUUUAUUGCCUUUGAGAAACAGCACGGGGACAAGCAAGGGAUUGAGGACGCCAUUGUCGGGAGGAGGAGGACACUUUAGUACAAGAUGAUGCUCGUAGAUGUAAGAAACACAAGUUUUUUUGAAUUCUCUGUUUUGUUAUUCAUCUCCAAUUGGUGGACAUUAACUCCAUAUACCCUCUACCUCUAAAAAAAAUCCUCAUUUAUCCUUUUAUUAUAAUAUAAUUUCUUUUUCAAUUAUUUUUAAAUAGAAAAAGUGGCUAAAGACGGAUUGCCCCUAACAUAAAUGAGAUAUUUACUAGAUCCAACCGGAAAGAUCCGACCCACACAAAACAAACCCUAAAACCCGACCCAUCUAAACCAAAACGAUGUCGUUUUUUACUCAACAUUCUCUUCUCCACAUUUUUCAAUCUCAUUUUGUCGUCUCUCCCUUUCGACAUUCUCCAUUACGAAAUCGGAGAUUAAAACCCUAGAGUAUUCAUUUUUCGUUCUUCCUUGUUCGUUCUCCAUCUAAUCCGAAAAUCCAUCUUCGUUCUUCUUUGUUCGUCUGUGUCUCAACUAUCUCUUUGUCUCUCUUGUCUGAAACCCUAAAGUCGAGACCGCUUCGUUUCUUCAUCCUUCUUUGUCGAAAUCAAGGCUCCAUCUUCGUUCCUUGUGGUAAGUGAUUUGUUUCCCUUUAUUUGGAUGUUAUUUAGUCGAAUUUGUAUGUAGAUUUGAAAACAAAUUUGGGGAAAACUUUGAAUGUGUCUUAUGUUUAGAUAUUGGCUUUGAAAUUGGAUAAGAACUUGGUAAAUUUAUUGUUUAGGUAUAUAUUACAUCGAAUCUAUUGUUUCCGAUUUGAGUGAUAAAUUGUAUUAAAUUUUUGUUAAUAAAAUUGUAUUGGGGAAACUUAGUUGAUGUUGUGUUGUUGUUUUGCGGUUUGAAUUUAGAGUGAUUGAGUGUUAUAUUGUCUUGUACAGGAAAGAUAUGAAGGGAAAUCAAAAGGUAGUCCCCAAUGAAACGCGUCGUCAAUCUCUUAGAAACAGAAAACCGGACUCGGUUGCAAAGAAAGCCGGAACCGAGAGUUCAGAAGAGCAGUAAGAAAAUCAGUAAGAAGAGUAAGAAGAGUAGGCCAGUGAGAGAGCCAGCGAGAGCACCGAUUGUAGAAUCGCUCUCAGCCUCAGAUGAGUCCGAAAGGGAGGGGUCCGAUAGGGAGGGGUCUGAAAGAGAGGUAUAUAUUUUGUGUUCAUUGUUAUUGUUUGUGAGAAAUGCUGAGUGGUAAUUAGCAGUAGUACUAGUACUUUUUGUAUUACUAGCAUUACUAACAUGUAUAUAUGUAUUUUGACUGCAGGAAAUGCAACCAAAUCAACCCCUUGAGUUCUACUUCAAAAGCAGCGAGUUCCCCCAGAGUUCGAAGAUACAAACUAAGUGCUUUGUGACCAAGACAGUAAAGCUCAUCAAGGAUAAGCCUGAGGCUGCGUGGUUCACAAGCCAUCCUCAUUUUCGGCAUUUCUUCCACAUGCCAGACGAAGAUAACCUGAAGCUUCAGGGGUGUGGAUGUUACUACUGCGCACCAUUUGUACUCCAGAAGAUGAUGUUACAUGGUUUGCGGUUAAUGGUGUACCCAUCCGCUAUUCUAUGAGGGAGCAUGCCCUCAUCUCUGGCUUAGACUGCGGUGAUUAUCCACCAAACUAUGAGGAGUUGGGAUGUGAAGGUUUGGUAGUAAAACCAUCUCAGAGAUGAAGGUUUGGUAGUAGAAACAAUGACAUUUCCCUAUUAUUAUCGUCAUAGAUGACAUUUACAUAAACAAUAUACCAGAAAUAUGUAUUUUGUAAAAUUCUCCUUACUAUAUUGUCUACCAUUCACAUACUAACAAUGAAAGUUAAUGAAGUUUUUGGGGAAACCGUUAAGAUUUUCUUAAACUAUUAAAAAUAAUUAACAAAAAUAGUAUAAUCUAUAUAUUUAUCAUAUACAUAGCCAACAAAUUGAAAAUAAUCAUAUAAAGAUAGUCUAAAUUACACAUAACCUAGUGAUAUGUAUUGGUUUCGAAUUGCACAUAAUAAUACCAGUGAAACCUAGUAAUCGUAAUUGCACACAAUAAUACCAGUAAAACCGAGUAAUCCGAAUUACGCAUAAUAAUACCAAUUAAACUUAGUAAUCCAAAUUGCACAUAAUAAUACCAGAAAUCACUAGUAGUCCAGAUUUCACAUAAUAAGCCGAGUAAUCUCCAGUAAACCCUAGGUAGUACCUGAACCACUCCCACAUUCAAAAUACGAUACCAUACCUUCUCCUCUGGCUCUGCCUCUGCCUAUGGCUCCUCUAGCUCCCCCUCUGCCUCUUUUGCCUCUUCCACGGGAUUCUCCUACUAAUGGAAAUCUUGUUUGUUGUGGUUUUCCUUUCUUCUUGUCAUAAUCUGGAGGAAGUAUUUUCUUUGCUUUAACAUCUUCUGGUAUAACCCAAUCAGACAUAUGAAGAACAUGAUAUAUGGUCAUGUGAUAAGCCAAAGCCCAUUGCUCCACCAAAUAGUAUUUUGAACAAUACUCAGAUAGAUGGAGUUCCCUUCCCGCUGCCUUUGACAUGAAUGUGGCAGCAGCCACUCCAUGCACACAAGGGUAUUUGUCUUUAUCAAAUUUCUCACAACUGCAAGUAUUCCUAGCCAUGUCAACAGUAUAAACCUUGCCGUCAGUACCAUGCACACUGUACUCAAGAUGGAAGCUGUUUAGUUCGUCAAUUGAAAGAAAUCCCGCAUCAACACAUCUUUUAGACAUUUCGGUUUCCAAAAUAGGCACAAGCUUCAGUGUGUAUGGUAUUUCGGCUGCCUCCUUCCUAUGGUUGUUAAACCAUUCAGACAUUUUUGCAAUGAUAACAUCAAACAUUGGUAGUAAGGUAUACUUUCUCGCUUCCUUGAUAACACCAUUAAAAGAUUCUACUGAAUUGGUGGUGUCAACAUUGUACCUAUCUCCUCUGAAGUAACAUCUAGCCCACUUCUUCUCUUCAACACUUUUGUCAUGAUACACUGCUGCACUAGGAUACCUCCGGCGAAAAGCAUGAUAUUGGUACUUGAACUCAGUCUCCGUAUAAGCGUGUGCGCAGUCUCUAAACUUGCUUGCUCAAGUAUCUUUGUUGUUAUGGACGUGGGCUUCAACAUUCUGAGACAAAUGCCAUAUACAAUACCCAUGUUCGGCCUCAGGGAACACUAGACGUACUGACUUGAUCAAGCUUUUGUUUCUAUCUGAAAGAAAUACCAAUCCCGGGACCUCAGAUAUCAUUGAUUUCAACUGUUCCAUAAACCAUAUCCAGCUUUCAUCAUUCUCACCAUCUGCUACACCAAACGCAAUUGGGUAGUGGUGAUGAUCAGGAUCCUGAGCAGUCGCAACAAGGAGAACUCCACCAUAAACAUUCUUGAGGUGUGUUCAAUCCACAAUGAGGACUUUCCUCAUCGCACUGAACCCUUCUAUGCUAGCUCCCAGGGCAAAAAACAGAUACUUAAAUUUGUUGGCCUCAUCCACUACCACACGAGUUCUUGUGCCAAUAUUUGUCUGCUCCAGCAUGUGCAUAUAACAGUAUAAUAAAGUAAAACUCUCUUCUGGACUUCCUCGCACUUCAUUAGCAGCUUCUCUUUUUCCUCUCCAUGCUGAGGUGUAUGAAACAUGCACACCAACCUUUCGAUGAACCAAAUCGAUCAGAACUUUGGGAACUGGUGUGACAAAUGUACCAGGAUAAUCUUGAGCCAAAACAGAUUUAACGAUUGGUGAUGUGCCUUUCCUUCUAUUAGGCAGUGUUCUUGUAGUAACAACAGAACAUGUAUGAUACUUGAUGUAACUUCUAGCCGUCCAAAGAUCUGUAUUCUUUAACUUUGCAACUCGCACAAACCACUUGCAACCGUCUUUGGCUCCUCGGCAUUUAACGACAAAUCUCUGAAUAUCCGACUUAGUUAUAUCAAACUCAAAACAUUUCUUAUGUGAAGCCGUCUGAAUAUGGACUUUUGCUUCCUCCUUGGUUCUAAAUUCUUGACCUAAAACCAAACCUGUACCAUCAUCCCGUGGCUGAUAGACAACUUCUGGUCUUACUUCUGAAUCUUCAAACACAUGCUCAUCUCUUUCCGUGACAUUCUCACCCAUCUCAAUCUCUCCGUGAAAAGUGAGCACACCACCAGUACCUUCAUUACCAGUUGCAUCAUUCUCAGUACCAUCUUCAUCACUAAUCUCUCUAUCAGGCAGUGUUCUUGUAACGACAGAACAUGUAUGCUGCUUGAUGAAACUUCUAACCGUCCAAAUAUUUGACUUCUUUAACAUUGCAACUCGCACAAACCAAUUGCACCCAUCUUUGGCUCCUCGACAUUUAACCACAAAUCUCUUAGUAUCGGACUUAAUUAUAUCAAAUUCAAAAGAUUUCUGAUACGACGCUGCUUGAAUAAGAACUUUUGCUGCCUCCUUGGUUAUAAAUUCUUGACCUAUAACCAAAUCCAUACCAUCAUCCCGUCUCUGAUUGACACCAUCAUGCAUCUCAAUAUCUUCGUGAAAAGUGAGCACACCACCAUUACCAUCUUCAUCACCAGCCUCUAUAGCCUCUCUAUCAGAUAGACCGACAUAGACAUCAGUUUCAUCAUUCUCAGUACCAUCCUCAUCACCAGCCUCUGUAGCCUCUCUAUCAGAUAGACCGACAUAGCUAUCAGUUUCAUCAUCCUCUUCUGAAAGUUGCACUUCUUCACUGAUGAACUCCACAUGUAGAACACUUAUACACUUCUCAUGAUUUACUUGCAGUAGAUAACCAAAAACGUCUUCAUCAUUCCAGAUGUAUGAUGGCUUGUACGAAUACAAUACCAUUGGAAAGUAACUAAUCUUCACUUGCACCUUAGAUUCAUCUACCCUUAUCUUUCUGCAAAUACGCUCAACCAAACCAUAGUAAGUGAUAUCCUCCAUUGAUUUCCUUAACACAAUCGUGUGGAUUUCAUCUUCUCCUUCACCAUCUCCCGAGAUCCAUUUUAUUUCGGCCCCAUCUUUCAUAUAAUAUCCCCCAUAAUCAAAACAAAUGAUUGUGCAAUGCGGAUUUUGCAUUUUCCUGAAAUAAAAUAGAAUAUCAUUAGAAUUCUCAUUAUUAAGAUGUUUAGAAUUAAUUCUCACACUGUACAAUCUUCUCUUACUAAUACUAAUGUAAUUCAGUACUAUACAUAGUAAUACUAGUAAUCAUAGUAAGAAAUAUCAAUAUAGUAAUCCUAGUAUUUCUAGUAAACCUUUUUUGCUUUAGUAAAAAUAGUUAUACCAGUAAUAUCAAGAACUUAUCCUUGUACUAACUAAUUCGCUUUUAGGACCCUAUUGUUAGGAUUUUACAUUAACCAUGAUGUAUAAUUCAUCUUAAAUGAAAUUACACACAGAAAAUCAUCAAAACACACAUAAAAAUACCCAAAAUCUAUAAACACAGUUUUCAAAAUCUUUUUAAAUCUCUCAUAAUUUUCAUUGGAUCUUCUUUUUUUUUUACACUAGCCGAGAUAUACACUUGUUUUAAUAACAUUUCAGCAAAAAAUUCAUCCAAAAUGGACGUUAAAAAUACCCGAUAGCCCUAAACACAGUUUUUGAAAUCAUUUUUAAUCUCUCAAAUUUUCAUCAAAUCUUACUUUUUUAACAUUACCCAUCAUAUACGCGAUAUUUAAAUGUAAUAUCACAAAAAAAAAUCAUCGAAAACGAACCUGAAUUGCCUAUUUUUUUAGCUUCAAAAAACGCUAAUGGAGGAUGAGAGGAAGAGGGUUGUACGAUGAAAAAGGAGACAUGUGGGUCAGGAGAAAUCUGAUUGGUUAAGGUUGUUUUGUGGGCCAUGUAGGUUAUUGAAUUAUGGUUGGUUUACUUAAUUGGAGAAUAAAUGAAAGGCUAGUUUGGGGAGUGCAAGGAUAAAAUGGUAGGGAGAAUAGAGAGGGGGCAUUAAGAAUUCAUUUAAGGGGGUAUGGGGUAUAUGGAGUUAAUCCUCCGAAUUGGUUUGUUUUAAACCAGACUGAUUAUGCAUAAUAUACCCAAUAGAGACUGAUAUUUGUGAAAUAACUUUUGGUGUGGAUAAAAAGAAAAAGAGUAUAUGAAGGAAAGAAAAUGCCUUUUAUUUUUAGAGAAAUUGGCGUGGAUACACCCAGAAACCCAUGUAAUUUGUCAUAUACCCUUGUUUCUUUUUAAUAUUUUUUAUGACUAUAAUACCCUUAUCUCUAUCUCUCUUUCUUCUCCCUUUUAUGUGUUCUAAUCUCUUUAUCUCUCGUACAAAUUCUUCAAAUCAUCUUCUAAUUCAACACAAAUUUUUAUUUUUUUAUUCUGAUUCUUUUGACACCCAUAAUGAUAAUCUUAUUAUCUCACCUCAAUUCCAAUGUUUCAAAUUUCGAAUCACAAUCAACUUUUAGAUAAUAUAUAUGUUAUUAGGUAUUUUAUUACUUACCUGCCAUUAUUUAGAUUUUAAUGGAUUCUUAGUAGAUACAUGGAGUGUUAGCUGUUACAAAUAGAUUUGGAGCUAUUUAAUAGAUAACUAAUUAAUUGUUAAUAGUUUCAUUAACUGAUAUAUGAUUUGUUAGUCGAUACAUUUUUUUGAUACAUAGAUUGUUAGAUGAUACUGAAAUUGUUAGCUGAUAUGUUAGUUGGUAUGUAGAUUGUUACCUGCUAUGUAAAUAUUUAGCUGAUAGAUCUAGAGUUACUUGUUUUCGACAAAGCAUGAGGGCAUUUUCGUCCACACAGUGUCAAAAAGUUACUCCUUUUUGGGCUAAUUUGGACCUUAAUUGGAGAUAUUCCACACAUUAUUUCUUAUUUUUAUCUCUCUCUUCCUACUCUCUUUCUCUUCUACUUACGUUUCUUACUUGGGACAAUGUGUCAAAUAUAUCCAAAGAUGGACCAACUUCGCAAACUACCCAUAGAUGUGGAUAACUAAAAAAGAAGUAGUAUUUUGACACUGUGCGGACGAAAAAACCCUUCAGCUUUAUCGAAAACACGAAAAAACCUUGCGAGAGAUAAAAGGAUUAGAAGAUAGGGAAGAGAAGAGAGAGAGAGACACCUUAGCUUGUAGGGGUAAAAUGGUCAAACAAAAUAGUUUCUCUUUUAUAAGGGUAGAUGGCAAAAUAUGUGUGUGUUUGGGUAUAUUCACGCAAAUUUCUCCUCUUACUUCUACUCUGACAUUCUCUCUCUUUUCUCCUACCCUCUUACAUUUUUUCUCUUUUUCUUUAUUCCACAUCUUUUACUCACAUACACCUCUUUCUUCUUACAUUUUAAUUGUAUAUCUGUAAGAAAAUAUUUCAUUCUCACUUUUAUUCACAAUACAAAAAUUUAUUCAAUUUAAUGGAGAAAUAACUUAGUUCAUAACAUAUAAGCCAAAAUAAUUAGUAUUAAAUUAAUUGUUACGCCGUUUGUUCACCGGUAAAACAAUUGUUAACUGAUACACUGUUUAUUACAUGUUACAUGAUUUAAUGUGAUAAUAUAUAUUUGCUAUUUUGUAUAGCAGUGAUUCUUUUAACACUUAAAUAUAUUUGUUAUUUGUUAACAAAACAUACUAAUAUAUUUAAAAAUAAUAAUAUACAUUAAUUUAUUAGCCGUACAAGAAAAUGUAGAAGGUAAAAAACAAAGUAUCAGUUAAAAAUAACUAUUUUCAUUGUGGUUUACACCUUUAUCUUAUGUUUGUAUCAGACUGAGAAUAUAAGGUGAAUCAACUAACGAUCACUACUUUGUAAUCAAGUUUGUAGCAGUUAACAUCCUAUGUAUUUGUUAACAACACUUGUUUUGUUACCUAUUUUAAAAUAUUUUGUAUCAGUUAACAAAAUUUGUAUCCUAUAAUAAUAAUUUUGUAGCAGCUAACUAAACAUAUAUCCAGAUCGGCGAUUUCGUGACCAUAACCACCACAAUAAGAACUUGAAAUGCCUUCACCGUGUUUCACGAACUCAUCCGUGACAACGAUUAAUUUUAUCAUGUCGGAUGAAAAACUCAUCGCGGAAUCGUUAGUUACAGUGGCAAUAAAAUGUUUGGAUCUGGAAAUUGUGGCCUCUCUAACAAAUAUCAUUAUUUUUGUAGAGAUUGGCUGUACACGUCACUGAUUGAGGAGUUCAAUAUUUCAGUAGUGUUAGAAUUAUUAUACAGUAAUGUUUCUCAAUUGACGAGAUAGUGAAGACUUAUGGUGAUUUAGAUAAAAAUAACAUAACUUAAAAUUGAUAUUUUCUGUACAUGAAAUUGGAAAAAAAAAUGAAUCACAUCAUAUUUUGUAAUGAAUGAAACUUAAAAAAAAAAGG